AAAAAGUUCAAGUUUUCAAAGGAAAUUAAUAUUUUUUCGGCAUAAAUUGUGUGUUAAAAAUUAAACGCAUAAAAACAAAGCAAAAUAACAAUUGGAUAGUGUUUGGAUGAAUUAACAUUUUCGUAGAAAAAUACAUACAAUGAAUUGUACAACAAUACCAGUGACUGAAGAUAAAGUGUUUUGGAAAAAUCAAGUGAAUUUUCACACAAAAAUAUUGAAAAGCUGAAGCAGUAAACAGCAGUAACAGCGUGAUAAACAUAGAAAGUGAAACAUAGACAGUGACCACAAUACACUGUGCAAAGAAAAAAGCUAAAAGCUAAAAAUUUAUAUUACUAUCAAUAUUCAAGUAUUAAAUAAAAGUAAUCAGUGCAAUUUGUAAUUGUUUGGCAUAUAAAAAUUUACCAAAAAUACAAAAAGAGCGCGCACUUAUAUACAUACACACAUACAUAUGUGCAUUGCUACAAGUUACAAAAUUUAAACUGCAAACCAAAGUCAAGUGUAACCAACAACAAACUAUAUAUGGUAAAUCAACAGCACGUUGACGAUAACAACAAGAACAACAAGAACAAUUAACAACAGUCAACAGCGAAGAACAACAACGAGAAAUUCCAAAGUUAUUUGCCGCAUCUUCUCUUAAUAUAUGCACAACAAUCAGCAGAUUUCCGCAUAAAGGUGUAAACAAAGCGGUAACAAGAAGCAGACAACACAACGCAACGCAACGCAGCAGCGCAACCCAAGUGUACGAACUUCUUGUGCCAACAAGCGCGCAAAACCACGCACAAGUGCAGCAGCAGCAGCAGCAGCAACAACAAUAUAGGAGCAUAAGCCAACAGCAAGCGCAAAACACCAAUAAGCGAGUGUAAUAAAAUAGUGCGUACCAUAAGUAGUCAUACAUACAAACAUAUGCACACUUGUACUUAGCGCAAAGGCAUAUAAGAGAAACACUAAAACAAUUAGAACUACCAUACAUACAUAAAUACUUAAAGGCAAAUAGCAAUAGAAAAUAAUUUGCAUUAAAUCAUUAAUGAAAUUCACAAAACAAGAAAUGCGCAAAAGCAACUGAAAGUAUUACAAUCAAGCAGCACUAAAGGAACAAACAAACAAACAAACAAAAAAUUAAAGAAAAAUUAAAUAAAAUAUUAAAUUGAAUAUAUGUAUAUUCAUAUAAAAAAACAAACAAACAGCAACGUAAAUUAACUAUUUAAAAAUAAAAACAAACACAUACAAACUUGCCAAGCAGCAGUGAGAAGCAGUCAGCAAGGCAGCAAGGAAUAUUCUUAAAGCAGCGUCGAAGCAACAGGACGUGGCAUUGCAAUUACGAGGCAACAUUUCUCGCCGACCAGUGACUAGUUCUUCUUAUUAUUUUCAAACAAUAAUGUGCACUGAGGUUAAUUCAGCAAUGGGUCUUCAAGCUACAGCCGCUACCAAGCGGAAACACGAGAUCACAUUCGAUGCCAAGGAUGCUAAUACAUAUACAAAUAGUCCGCCUCCGAUCAAGGCUGGCAAAUGGUCAAUUAAUAACAACAACUACAUCGAAGCCAUUGAGGAACAACAAUUGAGUGGCAGUAUUAUAAAAGACGCAAAUACAAAUUUAAGAACACUAACGAACGUUUCAAUGGAAACCACACAAGCGAAUAGUAGCAGUAUAAAAACUAAUAGUAACAAUAGUAAUAAUAGUAGUAGCAGUAAAGGUGUCCACAGUAGUAUUAACAAUGACAAAGAUGUAGCGAAAGUCGGUGAUCACGCAAAUGUCAUGUCCUCACAUGCUAUGGACUCUUCUGCAUUGAGCUUGCCAUCAAUGGUGACAUCAUUGUUGCCAAUGUCCAGUGAAAUAGCUGCUACCACGCCAUUACCUCCAACCUCCACGACACCGGUACCAGAAGACAGCAUUGCCAAGUUGGAGGAAGUCGCUGCGGUACCUUGUUGUGAGCCGUGGACUAAUGCAGCGACGGAACCGGUCGAUUGCAUUUCCAAACUCCAGGCAGUGGCAGUGCCGAGUGAUCCUUGGGGCAGUAUAUCGACACGUUCGACAUUGGCGACAACACUGCUCAGCGCCGAUGAUUUGGAUGAUGAUGACGACGACUUUGAGGAUGAUUAUGAAGAGGAGGAGAGUAUAAUACCUACCUAUUGUCCACUACGAUAUCAUACUUUUCCACCGCCGCCUUCCGCAUCGUCCACACCACAUCAACAACAGCGUAUUGGCAGUUAUGCGCCUGCACCGCACGGUUAUGGCUCGCGUCCAAAUUACUAUUCGGAGCCAUUUCCACAACAGAAUUGUUCGCGUACCGGCAGUCCUCAGCAUAUGCGUUUACCAGGUAGCAAUGGCUUCACCCAGUGGCAAAGUACGACGGGACCAACAAGUAGUGGUCAACAAUUUUAUGUGCCACCCGAAGCUGCAUACCCGCCACCGCAACAGCAACCACCACAGCCGCCUCAACAGCAACAGACCAUACGUUGUGCUGAGAAUGGUAAAUCCUAUCUGGAGUUGGGUUGUAGUAGUCCACCACCCAGCGUGAGCAAUACCGGCGUUGUGCCGCCACCGCCUUUCGCUAACCUACAUGUAACAGCUGCAAAUCUCGACGCGCGACAUCCAUUGAAGCGUUGCUGUGAUGGCCGUGGUUCAUGGUGCAAUAUAAACAAAAACUGUUAUAAAGAUCUACGCCUCAAGAUACGCAAUCUUUCCAUGUUCAAACUGUCACGUUUCCGACAGGUAUCCGAGCAGUCACUCUAUCGCUCCGUGCUCAUUUGCAAUACAUUAAAGCGUAUCGAUCGCGAAAUCGAAACAGAAGCCAAGGAGAUGCAUCAAGCUGCUGCGGCACAGGCUGCUGCUGCUCACCAUCAAUAUCAUCAGCAUUUGCAACCUCCACAUCAUUUACAACAUCAUUUGGCUCAGCAACAGUCCACUCAACAGCUUUUGGUGCCACAACAGCCACAUACUAUGCUGCACCAACAGCACCAGGACUAUGCGCCGCCCGUUAUGAACUGCGCGCGUCUAUCAAAUAUGGACUAUCAGGUGCAACAGCAACCGCCAACACUAAUACAACAACAACCAGCGCAAAACUUCGUCCAACAUGUGCCGCAUUAUCAAAAUCAACCCGAACGCCUCGGCACACCACCGCCAUAUUUGAGUGCACCAACACAACAGCUGCAGAAACCGGUCGCCAGUAGUUUUCCGCUCAGCAAUAACCUUAGUAUUAAUGUGAACAACUGUGAUUCAACGAAUGCGACGACAACGAUACAUCCUUACGAUCACUAUCCUUUCCGGGAAUCACAAUCUGGUCGUGCAACUCCAUUUCCCUGCCAGCCGGUCAUGUCGCCGGUGCCAUCAUCUACGGCACCCAGCACGCCCGCAGCGACGCAACCUCAACACCUAACAGUCAUUACCACAUUAAGUGCGUCCAAUACAGUCGCUGCACCCACGCAAAAUAUAACAACCAACGCGGCAACAGGAAGCGCACCCAGUAGCGUUGAAACCACAUCACUCCUUACAGCUUCGACGUCCAUAAGCAGCGCUGACAACAGUGAUUCUGGUUACGCGGACGAUGAUUCAACGCGGUCCAUCAAUUGGAGUUCAGUACUCAGUUUAUCAUCGCAAUCCGCGCUAGAUCCACUAAACAACAAUGACCUCUUCGCCAUGCUGCCGCCUGCAUUGUCAAUAACCAACCCCGCCACCGCUACACCAGUGCCAGUUACAGCCGCUAUGUCAACGAACAUCAGCCCUACGGAUAACGCAACACAAACGACGGCAGUUGCCAUUAGCGGCACAUUUACCACCGUGCAAUCAACACCUGCCUCCAGCACCAACGCCAGCAAUUCAAUCACCAGCAAUAGUAGUAGUAACAGUACAGCAUAUAACACAAGUACCUCUUCGUCGACGGCAACGUUCACAACGCUCUCUACAAUCUCCUCAGCGACGCAUUCGCUCACGUCAUCUUAUGUGAGUAGUAUGAGCGCUAAUGCAGCAGCUGCAUCGGGCUCCUCCACCUGGGAGUAUGGUUUUCUCGAUAUGGAAUUUGGUUUGGGUUCUGAAUUCACUGAACUAGUGCCGAGCUGCAAAUUAAGCUCCGAUGAACUCUUCAAAAGCAGUCUAACGCCAGUCGUGGCAGCAUCACGUUACUCAUCCGUACAUGAGAACGAGCUGGAACAACCGGCUCACAUUAUGGUCGGCAGUUAGUAUCAAUUGUAAGGUAGCGAUUCAAUACAGCAGACGUGGUGCCGUGCAUUGUACUACUGCGACGGCGGAACGUACUGCAGCGCCAAUAGGUGGCCUUCCUGGUGUUUAUGACCGCUAAUGACGCCAAGCGCGUGGUGUCCAUGGAGAGCAUGGUUACCAUGUAGCAGGCAGCACGAGCUGAGCUAGGCAGCGUCGUGAGCAAGCAUUGGAAAUAUACAACAGUCGAAUAAAUGUUUUAAAAAUUCCAUGUUGGAAUGAAUGAACGACGGUUCACCAGCCAGUACAUACUUAUGUAUUUGUUGCAAAUGUAUUGUAAAACAAGAAGUUUAUAUUUAUUAUAAAAUUAAGUCUAUACUAAAUUUGUUUACUUAAUUGUAAAAUGCUCAGGUUGUGAACUUUUUGUUUCGAAACUGUGUUGAAAAUUGUAUGUAUGUAUUUACUAUACUUAGCAAGUAGAGGAUAAACAAAAGUUGAGAUGCAUAAUUUUAUAAGAAUUUUUGUUUUUUUAUCAGUAUAAAUGUACUUAAUUGUGAAUUAAAAGUGCUUAAAUUGAAGUUAAGGUGUAGGUUACAGAAUUUUGUUCAAAAAUAUACUUACAUACAUGUGUAUAAAUGUAAUUUCAAAACCUUUGCAAAUU